UUUGAGUAAAUUUGCUGAUGAAAUUAUCAAAGGAAAUUUGCUGGAUGACUUCAAAGCAUUUUUAUUCGGAAGGACACCCCAUCAGUUUGAAGGGAGAGAGAGGGAAGGAGCAGAUAGAGAAGAUGAAAUCAUGAAAGUGCGCAACAAGUUGGGUUUGGUAUCUUUACUUCGAAAAUAUUUUUUCCUUUCAAAUUUUGGAGCGUUAAUGUUAUUUGCUGAGGAAUAUAAUUUUGUUGCCAGCCAGACACUUUUAAAUUUUUCAGGAAAAAUUGAUGUUCUUUACAAAGAAAUUUUAGCUAAAGAUUUUGCACAACAAGCCAUUGAAGACCAUGAAAAAUUAGAAGACCAUGGAGAGAUGAUUUUUAAAGUUGUCUGGAGCUUAAAUACUUCAUUAAAGGAGUUUCAACAAUUCCUUGCUGAUGCUUUUCACCGUCAUGGCAUAUUAAUAUCACUGAGGGUUGUACGACAAAGUGUACUUACCUUUGUAUGUACUAUACCUAAAUGGCUGGUAGCAGAGAUGAAGGAAUAUGUGGCUAAAAAUGAAGAAAUGCUAAAGUCAAAGAAAGUUGUGGAAUUAAUUAUUGAUGGCAAUGUGAUGUUUUCAAUAAAAAGUAAAACAAUUGAGGCUCCAGAAGAAGUUGCUGCUGUCAAGUUAAGUGAUUUGACUCUUUCAGGUAAUGAUAAUGUAUAA